AUGUUCGACUCAGGCUCUGACUGUGACUUGAAUACAUCGGUCAAUGCGAGCAACAUGGAUUCUGCAACCGAUGCCCAACUCCUUGCUGAGACUUGCGGCGAACAGCUCCAAGAAGAAAUUGCUUCUUUAACAAAACAGAAUAAUAUUCUCCGAGCCCAGUUCGAGCAAGCUGUCGCUUUAACAGAAAAGAUGGAAGAUGUUCAUAAAGAGAACGAACAGCUGAAGCAGCAGAUCAGAGAGCUUAAUAAUCAAAAACAAGAUUUAGUCCGUCGCCUCGAGAUCUCCACAUUAGCACAAAACGAGGCAGCAAAGAAGAUUACUGAGGAAAGACAAUCGAUGAAUGCUCAAAGAGAGUCUGAUGUUGCGAUCAUACAAAAAGAAAUGGAAAAGACAAAGAAAUCGUUCCAAGCCCAAAAUGAUUCUCUUUAUGAUCAACUCCAAGCAUCACAGUCCGCUAAUGAGCAGCUCCAAAUUGCUCAAAAGACUCUCCAAGGCCGAAUCGAAAAAAUGCUCGAGAACGCUUCUCACUACCUGAACAAAGAUUUCCAAUCUUUUGAUGACCUUGCUAGUUUCUUUGAGAAACAAGCCUCUCAAGGUUUCAUUGUCCAGGAACCACAAGAAACAGCAAAGAACAUGCCGUUAUUAUUCGGACAGCCUUCUGACGAUCGCUCCCAAGAAUAUGAAAGAAAGAUUAAAUCCAUCAAGCAGCAGCUUAAGGCUGAAAUCGCUACGAACAAGGAAUUAGUACAUAAAUUAGACCUCGCUUCCAAGAACUCUGACCGCGUUGAGGCUCAGCACAAGAACGAAAUCAACAAUUUGAAUACAAAGACAGCACAACUUAAUGAGGAACAUGCUCAGAUUGUUCGCGAUCUUAAGCGCAAGAUUUCUCAACUUGAAACAAAGCUUGCUGCAGCCCAAACAAAGCCAGCACCAAAGAAGGAAGCUAUAAAGCCAAUCGUUGCUGCUCAAACCCAACCAGUUCAGGCUCCAGCUCCAGUUAUUGCUCCAAGAAUCAUUGUUCAGCCACAACAGCAGCAACAACAGCCAGUUGAGCAAGCAAGACCAUCAAUCAAGCCAGCUGACCAGGAAAUCAUCAACGAUCAAUACAUCGCCAGAAUCAACGAACUCAACAAGCAACUUGAUGAAGUCAACGGCAAGCUUAAGGCCUCUACUGAACAGAACAAGAUUUCGGAGACACGUAUCGGAGAACUUACAGUUGCCUUAGAUAAGGCCGAGCGCGAGCAUGCAGCACUCAAGACUGUUCACCAGGAAACAAUCAAUGAGGUUGAAUCCAUUCGCCGUGCUCUUCAUGCAAAGGAAGAAGCUCGUGACAAGAAGGCCGAAUUACAGCGCCGCCGUGACCAACAGAAGGCCAAAGCAACUAUCAUGAAUCUUGAGAAGAACGCAGAAACACUUAAAGGCCAGAUUUUCGAGCAGCAACUCGAAUCUGAAAAGCAAAAUCAUCUCAACAACGAACUCAAGGCUAAAAUCGCUGUUCUUGAAUCAGAAAACAACGAAUUACGCUCUAACUCUUCGAAAUUACAAGCUGAGAUCACAGAUCUUACUCAAAAGGCAGCAAUGAAGAAGGAAUUGACAGAAGAAGAUGUUCUCCCAUCCACUUCAUUCUCUACAUCAAAAUUUGAACCAUCAAUCGUUCAACAAAUUGACAAGGUCGCUAUGAAUGGUUCUCUUUCUGCUGCUUCCAAAUUACAGCACAUCUACCACAUUAUCUCCAAGGCUUAUAACCAGAAGCUUCAGGAGUUAACACGCGAAUUAGAUGAAUCUGCUUCAGGAGCCGAAAAAAUCGAAACAAUUUUCAGCGAUUUCAUUGUCAAUCUUUCCAUUGCAUUAACAGACAAUGCUAUUACUCUUGAGGACUUCAUCAACAACAAACUCUCCCAGAAUCUCGUUCAAGUCGCAUCCGGCAUCAGAUCUCACGCUGCCGACGAACACAGACACGCUGAAUAUCUCCAGGCUAUUGUCGAUACAUUUACACAGACGUUCGGUUCCGGCGCCGAUGUUACAGCCCAAAUUAACGCUGUCCGUGGCGAAAUCGAGCAAAAGCAGAACGAAAUCGAAGCCAGAAAGAAGAAGUCCAAGGCCCUCAAGACACAGUUAAGCGAUGCUCUUACAAAGCUCCAAAACAUCAAAUCCGAGCGCGAUGAAACCGAAAAUCAGCUCAAAGAUGAAGUGGCCAGAUUAACCACACAAAACGACCAACUUACAGAAACCAACAGGAAGAUGAAAGCCGAGCUCAAAGACGUCAAAGACAGACUUAUUGAGAAAGAAGAUCUCCUUGAGCAAGCCCAGCACAACAUCGAAGAAAGAGAAGCCAACAUUGAAGAAGAGAGAGAAGCAUAUGAACAAUCAAUCCAACAACAGCACGAAGAACUCGAGACAAAGCUUGCAAACGACCUCCAACAGCAACAAGAGACAAACGCAGCUCUCGAACAACAGCUUGCCAAGUUCAAACAAGCUGUCGCAAUCCAGAAUCAAACAAUUUCGGAGCGCGAAAACAAGAUUGCUCAGCUCCAGAAGGAUUCAGAUAUCUUCGAGAAGUCAAUAACAGCACGCGCUGAACUCGAGAAGAAGCAGAUUGUUGAGAGCUACGAGAAGGCAAUUGCAGAAAUCACUGCACAAUGCAAUGCCCACAGAAGUGAUGUUGAAAGACUUUCAGGAGAACUCGCAAAAUCAGAGAAGAAAGUCAGAGACGCAAAGCAAAUUGUUCUCAAGACAAAGAGAGAUAACGCAAAGGCUGAAAAGGAACUCAAGUCAAUGGAAGAACAGUUCAACCGUGAAAAGAAACUCCAUGAAUCAGCUCUCAAGAACGCUCAAAUCACUGCUGAAGCAAACUUCACUCAGAAGAUUAAUGAAGUCAAAUCUAAAGCAGAAGACGAGAGACGUAAGUUAUUCGCUGUUGCCGCUACAGAGUUCAACAUGUUCUUCAACGCAACAGAGCAGAUCGAUGAGAGAUCCUAUAAGAACAUCAUCCAGAAGGCAAAGAGCGAAUUAGAAAGAUUAUCAAAGUCUGAUUCCGCAAUCAGAAGAAUGGUUGGCGCUGGUUCUAAGCAGAGUACAGAUGACGCUGUUGCUCAACUAAUGAUGGAACACUAA